GCUAACUUGGAGUUCCACGACACCUCUGCAGUGCUGGAGGCUGCGGCGCAGUCGUGGAGGCCCCAGCAGCUGCCACGCGUUGUGCACCAGGCAGCGCACCAGGAGGCAGCGUUGGCAUUCAUGCGGCUGCUGCAGCGUGUUGAUGUGGCUGCUGAGCCAGCGGGGCCUGAGGAGGUUGAGGUGCUGCGGUGGCGCGCGUGCAGGGCCUUGCUGGAG